AUGAGUGGAUUCAGCUUGAAAGGGGGCUGGCACCCUAAGGGUAAAGAUGGCAAGAAAGAGAGCUGGCGCGGUGACUUCAAGGGCAUCGAUCAAGUGGCAGGAUGGAUGGGCAAAAGCAAAGAAGCAAGUGAGGACCAGUCCGAGCAUGUCUCCCAGCCGCUAUCGGCAUUGAAGGAUCCCUCCGCUUUUGGACCGCCGCCGAAGCACAUCAAUUACCAUGGCGCAGGCGCCUUGCCCAACGAGACUACACCAGACCGGCGAGGCAUGGGAGCUCCACUAUCGCAAGAGCAGAUCAACUACCAAAACUAUCAGCAACAGCAGGCCAUUCAAGCAGAAGAGGAAGCAGCUCAGAAGCCUGCUCCGCCUCCGGUUCCUUAUCGCGUGAAUACCACGGGAUUGUCGACGAGCAAUCUUCCGCCUCCCCCGGUACGACGCCUCGACUCGCCUAGCUCCGGCUCAUCCGCCAGGGGGCCCCAGGUGCCUCCACGGGUUCCUCCACGAAACGGCUCGCCUGCGACGAAUACUCCCCCUCCUCCAUAUUCUGCUUCCACGCCACCGGCGUCCCAGGGAUAUGUCAACCAGGAAGCUACAUCGCGCCUCUCAAAUGCCGGUGUCUCCGUUCCGGCUCUUGGAAUCGGGGAAACCAAUAGGCCAUCAUCCCAGAAUUCAUCUUCAUACACCGAAACUGCCAAGGGGAAAAUGAACGAUCUGCAAUCUCGCUUCUCGCAGAUGCGAACUAACUCAGGGUCAUCCUCUCCAGCGCCUGCUCAGACGGAUCGAUUCCCGCGUACCAACACGAAUCCCGAUGCUUCCCUUCCUCCCGCCCCCGGGUUCCGCGAGCGCCACGCAGACAAGAUCGAUAUGGGCAAGGAGAAGCUGGGUGGUGUGACGUCGCGCUUCAAUACAUUCGUGGAAGACCGCAAAUUUUCGUCCAACGCGAACAAGCGCAUCCCCCGACCGCCAAGCGACUAUGUUUCACCUUCUCCUGUUGCAGUUGGGGUGGUUAGAUCUGCUGCACCUGUUGCGCGUGCAGCUCCUGUCGCAUCCGCCGCGCCUGUUCCGCCUGUCGCACCCGUGCCGAGCAGGACGCCGGACGUCCAGGCUCAAGCUCAACGUAAAAGACCGCCUCCGCCGCCACCCAAGAAGGCUGAAUUCCGUGCGCCAGCUGCCAAUACCUCGCCGGUGUCGUCAGCCUCGCCGCCUCCACCUGUGCCUAUGAACACUAAACCCCGCUGA